UCGUGUCAGUGUAUGUAUAUGUCUGUUAGGAAUAGUUUAUUACCGUGGGUAUCAGUGGAGUGUCAGGAUAUAAAAUUACCAAGCACGAUGUUCCGAAUGGACCCACUGGAAUUAUGAUGGAGAAUGAAGGUAAUGUCUCUACUGACAGAAUCAGGGAAUGACUGGUAUAAAUAUUUAUUCAAGUAAUUGACGAUGCUAAUUUCCACUGUUCGUGAGGACAUCAAAAGCACGUGCACGUGAGGACCUCUGCCGCAGUCGUCAGUAUGAACAUCCCACUUUUACUGAUAUACGCUGGCCUGUAUUUCUCGCCCUUAUCAGACCGAGAUCAGUUAGAUAUUACCGCGGCACUUACAGUAGGAUCGCUCCUCUUCAACAUAGAGGCGGCCAGUAUAUGGAUACUUCUGCGCUUCCUCAGGUUCGACCCAAGCGUCAAGCGAUUCUCAAACGAGGUGAUGCAUGACACGGGGAUAGCAUCUUUAAUGCAGAAUUUAGGAAUUCCCACGAAGGGCAGUUCUGGUACCAAGAGGCCUCCAUACGCUCCGUACGACUACACCAGAGGCUAUGUGAAUGGGAUGUAUGGCCAGUCACACAAUCCAUACUUAUACUAAACUCACAAUACGGAUGUAGUUAGCUAUCGACAACGAAUAAAUCUGUACUCGUCUAAAUCACAAUAUUUAAAAUGAAUCUUACAAUGACGAUAACUAAAUCUGUUUCAAAGAUACAAGUAUAAUUGUAAUACAUCAAAUCGACCGUUUCCCUUUGAAAUAAAUUACUUAACAUAC